AUGAGUCUUCAAAUGUCGCUAAUUUUUGCCGCCUUGUGCGGUGAAAUGAUCACAUUAUUUUCACUCGUAUGUCCCAUCCCGCAUCCUGUGCGUGUACGUAUGAUGCAUGCCAUUGAAGUUUUACGAACUCUGAACAAUUUUAAAAUCGGAGUAAUCUUUACCACGAUCCUUCUUGGAAUGCAGUUUAUGGAUUGCAUCAACCGUUUGAAGAAGUUUCUGGAAUUGGGGAAUCCAUACUUUGGCAGUUUUUCCACUACCAACCAACAAAUCGCCGGGUCUCUCACUUCAGGACAGUUGGCCUCAAAAUUCUAUGCACAACGCAACCUCUAUUUGACAGGUGCAGUUUUGUACUUGGAACUUGCCAUUUGGGUUGUAGUAGGUAUAGUUGAAAAGUUGGUGGCAAAAGAAACACAAUUGCGGGUUCUCAAUAGUAAGGCUACCUCCGAUGAAGAAGCUGAAAAGUACAAGGAACUCAUACGCAAAAAGGAUGUGGAUAUUAAGGCACUCAAGCUUCAGAUUGACGGGUUGCAGCGUGCAUACGAUCUGCAGACGCCCGACACACAUAUCAGCAAGGACGACUGA